CGCGGGGCUGUCGCACCGAGCCGCGCCGAGCUCAGCCGGAGCCGCGGCCGCAGCGCGCCCGCCGGAGCCCCCGGCUCGUAGCCGCCGUCGGCGCGCACCUCGCCCUUGAGCAGCAGCGGCUCCUCUCCUGCCGCAGCGGGACCCGAAGCCUUUCCUUGUAGGAGAGGUGCUCCAUCCUCUGAUCAGCUUGGUGGCCUUGUCCGGACUGACUGCUCCCUGUGCUGGGGUCCCAGAGCUGACCGCAUCUUACUGUGGUACCCCUGGAGGAGCUCUGGAAGAUGAAGAGAUUAUCUGUCCUGCCCCAGCAGUGUCUUCUGCUGAUGACAUGUCUCCUAAUGGCCUUGGAAGCUGUACCUAUAGACAUAGAUAAGACAAAAGUCAAAGCAGAAGGCCAUGUAGAAGGAGAGAAGGUAGAAAAUCCAGAUACAGGACUUUAUUAUGAUGAAUAUCUCAGGCAAGUAAUAGAUGUCUUGGAAACUGAUAAGCAUUUCAGGGAGAAACUCCAGACUGCUGACAUAGAAGAAAUAAAGAGUGGAAAGCUAAGCAGAGAGCUUGAUUUAGUAAGCCACCAUGUGAGAACACGGCUGGAUGAACUAAAAAGGCAAGAGGUAGCAAGAUUAAGAAUGUUAAUUAAAGCUAAAAUGGAUUCUGUUCAAGACACUGGUAUAGACCAUCAGGCUCUCCUUAAGCAGUUUGAGCACCUGAACCAUCAGAAUCCUGACACCUUUGAACCUAAAGACUUGGAUAUGCUGAUCAAAGCAGCUACAAGUGACCUGGAAAACUAUGAUAAGACUCGCCAUGAGGAGUUUAAGAAAUACGAGAUGAUGAAAGAACACGAGAGGAGAGAGUAUUUAAAAACACUGGAUGAAGAAAAGAGGAAGAGAGAAGAAUCCAAAUUUGAGGAGAUGAAGAAAAAACAUGGAGAUCACCCUAAAGUUCACCAUCCUGGAAGCAAAGAUCAACUGAAAGAGGUGUGGGAAGAAGCAGAUGGACUAGAUCCUAAUGAAUUUGAUCCCAAAACAUUUUUCAAGUUGCACGAUGUCAAUAAUGAUGGUUUCCUGGAUGAGCAAGAAUUAGAAGCUCUAUUUACUAAAGAGUUAGAAAAAGUUUAUGAUCCCAAGAAUGAAGAGGAUGACAUGGUUGAAAUGGAAGAAGAAAGGCUGAGAAUGAGAGAACAUGUAAUGAAUGAGGUUGACAUCAACAAGGACCGGCUAGUGACUUUGGAAGAGUUCCUGCGAGCUACAGAGAAAAAGGAAUUUUUGGAGCCAGAUAGCUGGGAGACACUAGAUCAACAGCAGCUCUUCACCGAGGACGAGCUGAAGGAAUUCGAAAAUCACAUUUCCCAGCAGGAAGAUGAACUUAGAAAGAAGGCAGAAGAACUUCAGAAACAGAAGGAAGAGCUACAGAGGCAGCACGAUCAGCUUCAGGCUCAGAAACAAGAGCUUCAGCAGGUUGUAAAACAGAUGGAACAAAAGAAACUACAGCAAGGAAGUCCUCCUGCAGGACCAGGUGGAGAACUGAAAAUCCAGCCCCCUGCUGAACACAAAGCUGCAGAUGCACCACAGCACCCAGCAGGAGGAGAUCAGCCUUUACCACCAGGACACAUCCAGGAACCAGCUGUCAGAACUGAUCCAGUUCACCCUUAACCACUCGUGCCUCAACUUUAUAGCAUCUUUAUUAUUUGGGGAGGGAGGGGUGGGGGGACAGGAAAUCAGAGUGAAACAUGAACUUUCUCCCUCAGACUGUAAAAUCACUGGGAAUGUUAGAGAUGAAGUAUCAGUCAGAUUUGAUUUUUAAGUUAAAUUAAUUUUCUCUCAAAUGCAUUGGUAGGAAACACAAGGGGGUCAUGUAGAGGCUAUAAUGGAGAAGGGAAUUAAGGAAACCAUUAAUGCUAAAGGUUUUUAUGGCCGGGGGACUGAGCUGUUGAAUUCUCCCCUCACAAAGAAGGGGGAGAUGUCUGCCAUUCUGUGUUUAGGCAUGAAUCAGGAUCUUCUCAGAGAGGAAACAGGGAGCAGGCCUGGAUGUUAAGUUAGGUCUACUUUGAUGUAGAAACUCUUUCCAGAAAUGCUGAAAAGCAAAAGAUGGGGAAACAAAGACCAUAGAUAAAGGCCUAUUUCCAGCACUACUAAACCCUUUCUUCUUUGAGACCAAAUAAAAGUGAAAUUUCUUAAUCACAGAAAAUUUGCACUUUCUAAAAUUUAAACACAGCAAAGAAUUAUGUGGAACAGUGAAUAUUUUUCAUGUUUACAGAAACCUAAGAAUUUCACUGAAAGCCUUCAAAAGGAAUACUGUGCUUGUGUACUGAUCUGAACCGUCCUCCUUGUUGAGAUGAAUUCUGUGUAGCAGUUGAAAGCUCAACUGGCCCUUGGGACAGCACUUUUGUCCCCAUUUCUUUCAUCAGAUGCCAGCUGAUCUCAAAAUUUUGCAUGUUAUUAAGUAAGCUUUUUAUGUUGAUGGAAAUAUUGUGCAAAACAGAACAAGACUCACUGUCUUUUUCUGUGCAAUUGUCCUACCUCCUACAAUAAAACCAGAUUUUUCAAAGUGCACCAUGUGCUUCAGAGAGCUCUUCUCAGACAUGAAUCUGGGAUUUGUUAAGGGUCUCACUGUUGACUCUUAUGAGUCUUUCAGCAGUUGGUCUAAGGUUAAGAAGUGUCCUAAGCCAGGGGUGCUACUUGACUGUAUUAUUUUGGUAUUGAAGCAGGAUAGGUCCCUCGUAUUGCAAGCCAAGAUUUUAUAAGAGUAAGUUGAUUUUCAUGUCAGUUUUACUAUAAUGCUGAAAAGUUGUGCCAGUGUCCCUGCUUCUCAUUCAUUUCAAACUGAAACUAUCCUAAAGUGUAAACCCUGUGUGGAUUUCGUUGUUUGCUUGGCUUUUUGUCGUUGUUUUUUUGUUUGUUUUGUUUUUUAAACACGGAUUGUUCUGAUUGUAUAAUGCUGGCUUUGAACGGAUACACACACCUCUGCCUGCAUCCUUUACAUUUCCUUCCUGUUCUGUGGCUAACUGCUGACAGUGGCAUUAAAAGAGAUAUUCUGGGGCUUGAGCAAAGAAACAGAAGCACGUCUCUGUUAAAGAAAGAUGUUCCUUUCAGAAUAAGACUUGACUAUUUUAGGCAAACUCAAAACAGAGGGCAAUUGCUAACAUUUUGUAUUGACAUUUGGGAAAUUUCUCACUUUGAAGAACUUUGGUUGAUGGAAGCCAGGCACAUUCCUUCCAUGCUCUAGGCUUCUUUCAUCUGACCUGGGUAUAUUCCUGUUCUCCACACAAUGCAGCAGAACUCAGUGCUGGAACAGAUCAGGCUUCCUUAUCUAUUUUAUCCUGUUGUCAUGUUGCAUUUCGUUCAUUUAUACCACUCAAUUUGACUUAUUUCUCAUUUUCUUUUUAUUCCUUAUGCAAGUAGAUGACGUUUUUAGUUUCCAAAACCAAUGUCUCCACUGUUUGUCAUUUCUAUGCCAGUUUGAUUUUGUCUUUGUCUGGAGACUAAAAUAUCUUUCAACAGCCUCAGCUGUCUGCAGAGAGGCCCAGACACAGUUACAGCUCCAUGAACUUUCUCUGGGCACAGCCCUGGCUUUGGGGUUGAAGCCUGAUAAUGGGUAACAGGGUGAGGAGGGAAACAAAGAGGGAAUUAUUCAAAUGUCAUGGUAAAGGCAAGGGGAAAUCUUACUGUUUUCCCCAUCCCACAUGAAGCUUUACAGAGGACAAGUGAUACAGCCACAGAUGUUAGUAGAGAUUCAAGGACUGAAACCUUUGGUGUGAAGGCAUUUCUACCAUACAAACCAUUCCUUCAGGCUACUUCUGCCUUCUAAGAUGCCAUUAAAUGUCACAAUGACUUGGUAAUGUAAUGCUCAAGCUUAAGUUUCAGUGCAGCCUCUUACAUCUGAUUGUGAGGUCCUGACUCUGCUGUUGGCAAUUGUCCCCCUUAUCCCAUUUACUUGCAAACAUCCAGAGCUUUGUAAAGAAUUGUUGUAACUUGGGAAGUGGGAAGUUAUAACCACAGAGAAAUAAGGGACUGGAAUAUCAUGGGCACAAGUGCUUACGCCUGUAUUCUGCUUUUCAUUUGGGAGGUGAUUACAACAAAACUGUAUCUAACUUUGUACAGAUACCAGUUCCACCACAAAGAUGCAGAGAUUCAGUUUUGUACUUGGCUGGGAUUUCAGUAGGAGGAUGAAGGGGUAAAAUUUGGUUAAUGUUGUACAAAUUCAUAUCUCUGGUGCAAUAUAUGUAAAAAAAAAAAAAAAAAGCCCCACUCUGUACUUUGUAUAGAUUAGUUUUUAACUGGAUUAAACUGAAACUCAGCACAGUGA